AUAUUAUUUACUUAUUCUUGUUUCUUCAAAGACUCCAGAGAUGAAAUACAGAAUUGGUAUCAAUUAAACACAAUUGCAGGGUUGGCACUAUUUCAAGAUUUUCAAUGAACCAGACAUCCAAGACACCAAACCCUGCUGAUUCAUUGUCCAUUUGCACCAGUGUAGACCAAAGAGAACAAAGACGGUCAAGAGCUCCUAGUUCCUCUCCUUCAAGCAAUGCUGUGCACAACCAUCGCAUAGCCAAAGAAAGGGUUUUUGAAACCUGACAUUUCCUCAGAGUCCCCUGCUGACUUAAUCAUGGCAAAUAUUGCAUGUCAUUUGUUUGCCACGCAUGGACCUGGCUGAUGGUAGUAGUAGUAAUUCACCACCGCUGUGCGCCGGUUCCUGGAGUGCACUCCAGUGAUGGUGUCGUGCACGUCAGCACAUAGACAUGACAACCAGGAUCAUCACCAAACUGAGGCUAAGCUUGGAAUGGAGUACUGGCUUACUAGCUCGCUGUACACUUGAUGUAUCAAGUAAAAGAAAAAAGAAAAAUGUUGAAUUAGUAUGUAUAAUGUAACUAAAUGUUUCAAACAUUGUUGAUCUCAUUAUUAUAAUUCAGUAAGAAGCAUUCUUAUGUCAUUAUGGGAAUGCAAAUAAUAAUUUCAUGAUCCAGGUUUAUGUAAAUAAAAUGUUGUAACACAGUGAGUUAAAAUAAUGAGUCAAAAGAAUUUUAAAAUCCAAGGCUGAAUUUACUUCCACACUGUAAUGGAAGGUCAAGUUUAGUGCAUUGUAUUGUGGGGUACAAUUCCACAAAGUGUGUUUUAGUUGUAUUCUGCAACUCUCUGGGCAAAUGUAGGUCAUAGGUAUUUUAUGUCCAAAAAUGUGCACAAUAUUUACUACAUACUGCAGAAAUAAGAAGUAAUGUGGUAUUUUCUGAACAUUGCCCCCAAACAUUUAUAGGUAUGAUAAUAUACUCCACAUUAAAAGAUGAAAAGGCUGAGGAAUUAUUAGGUUAAUCAGUUGUAGAGUUAUUAGUAGUAGCAGCAGCAGCAGUAGUAGUAGUAGCAAUGCUAAUAUUUCUUACUCCAGAACAAAUGCACUUGCAUGCGACUUUAAAUUAGAAAGAGGCAAUUCUUCGUGGACACUUAAUUUUCUCUGGCCAAUCAAAUGUGUUUACUUUUACACAUAGCGACGCUGUCAGCCAAUAGGAGCAUAUCAUGUGAGAAAGCGGAAGACAUGGCGCUGCGCAUAGGACGUGCUUACAGAAGAGAGUCUGUGUUGGGGAUAAGUCGUCUACUUUUAUCUGCAGUUCCCUGGUGUCAGUCGAGCCAGCGUACCCACCAUACUCCUGGCACCUCUCUGAAGUACAUACCACGCCGCGCCGUCCUGUACGUUCCCGGCAAUGACGAGAGAAAACUGCAGAAACUAACUUCUCUGGAUGUGGACUGUGCCGUUCUCGACUGUGAGGAUGGAGUCGCCCUCAACAAGAAGAUGCUGGCCGAGUUGGAUCUGGGGCGUACGGAGAAGUGUGUGCGGGUGAACUCGGUAUCCAGUGGCCUGGCUGAGGCUGACAUGGAGGUUAUUCUGCAGGCAGACGUGCUCCCCGCAGCUCUCAUGCUGCCAAAGGUGGAGGACGCAGGAGAGGUGCAGUGGGUGAGUGAGUCUUCUAGCUUUUUAAAUGAGUAGUUCACAA